AGAGACUCAGUGUCAGGAGCCAGGUUGUGGCAUCGUCUACAGGCGGUAUGAUUUCAGUCUUGAAGUGCUCAGUCUUGCUUUCCAGGAUCCGGAAUCUGGCAACAACUCCCUUACGGGAAUGUUUGAAAACUGGACACACGAAGUUGUCGAAGACUCGGUUGUGCGAUGUGCCUCAGGGUGCUCCUCCCAUGCGGGUACACAAGACAGGUUCAGACGCAUCACACUCUGCAGUCAGUAUCUGUAUGUCAAACUUCCGAGAUACAGAGGCCUUGUACUCUGUGAUGUCGACGUACCAGAAUUCCUGGACAUCUCGCCCUACGCAGAUCGCGCAUCGCUUCCUUCUGAUCCGGGAAACCGCCCUGCAAAUCUCAACAUCAAGCCGAUCUACCAACUUGUCGCUGUUAACGUGUACUUUCGCUACGCCGAGAACAGCGGUCACUACGUGCUGUACGUUCUCGUCGACGGCACGUGGCUUGUGUUGGAUGACAGUGGUGGGAGUGCUCACGCGAGAGCACAGCACCCACAGGAAGCUAUUAAUGGGAAUGGCGUGGUGUAUUGGGUAAUCUACAAGCGCGUCGAGAGUACUUCGCUCCCGUACGAUGCGCAGGGUAGACCUACGACUGGCCACACUCU